UCAAAAUCAUAUACCCCUGAUGUAGAAGCUCGAGGUUCCGCCCCAGGCUCAAGUCCGAAGAAGGUCAAGGUCGAAACAGAUGAACCAGACUCAAGCUUGAAGAUAGAGUGUAGUGCCCGGAAGCAGGAGUUCGAGGAACGCCGACGUCAGAAAACUCCGGCAGCUUCUCCAAAGAGUUCUCCACCACCUGUAGCAUCGUCACCUCCGGUGGCGACUCCUCUAUCUGCAGUAACACCUAUCUCUUCUCCUGCUAAUGCUCCUACUACCGCUUCUUCUCCAUCUGAAUCUCCAUUGGCAUCUCCUCCAGCUCCACCAACCGUCGAUACUCCGGCUUCAUCUCCUUCCGGUGGUGCUCCUCCACCAUCCAUCAGUGCCUCUCCCAGCGGUUCUCCUACCUCAUCUCCCAACUCUGCUUCCUUGACCAGAGUUGCCGUCGCCGAAUCUGCUGUUGUAGCUAUUUUUUUGCUGCUACUUUGA